CACCCUCCCUUAUCCCCUCUGUCGCAAGCAUUUAUGCAUUUUGUACCAGACACCGAACGCAAACGACACUCCUCCUCCUGAUCUCCAUAUAGCAAACGAAUACCUCUGUCCUCGCAGCCUUUCUGUUCCCCCGCUUACACGCCUCCCGCAAAAUCUAUACGCUUCUCAUUUACCUCCCAUCCUUUUCAUUUACUUCCUUGCGACUUCUCCUUCUUUUCACUUAUCCCCGCACACACCUUCUCCUGUCGAUAUCUCCGUGAUCACGCCUCCUUACGUCAAUAUCGGGGCUGUUCAAAUAUACGACUUGUCGCUACGUGAAUUGGCGAAACUCAUCUACUAGAUCCUCCCUUUUUAUAUUUUGCACACCCCUCUUCUCGUACGCUCCGUCUCCCUGAUAGUGAUAACAAUGAAAUUCCACAUAGUAUCUGCCCUUGUCCUCGGCAGUCUAUCUGUCCAGGCAAAGACAUGGGUGGCGCCACAAUGGAGCUCUUAUGCACCGUCAGGAGUCCCUGCUCACGGUGGGAUGCUUAGUCGGGCUGGAGAGCCUGCCAACCUGGAUCGCGCACACUCACUGCGUCGCCGGUUUGUUCAGUAUAACUUUGCCAACGAGACGAUCCAGGACCGCGAUACCCGUCGCCAGCGUGCAGAGGCAGUCAAGCAGGGGUUCAUCUACGCCUGGAAUGGAUACAAGAAGUAUGCCUACGGGUUUGAUGAGAUCGAUGUGGUCAAAAAGGUGCCCAAGACGACGCGCAACGGAUGGGGCGCGACGCUGGUCGACGCCCUUGACACUCUGUGGAUUAUGGAUCUAAAAGACGAGUUCCGGGAGGCGCGCAAUUUUGUUGCCCAGCUCAACUUCCGCGAUGGCCACGGUCAGCUGGCAAAGGUGUUCGAGACCAACAUUCGGUAUGUUGGCGGGUUUCUUUCGGCUUACGAGCUUUCGGGCGACAGGAUAUUCCUGGAUAAGGCUGUUGAGCUGACCGACAUCCUGUUGCCAGCAUUCAACACGCCGCUCGGUCUUCCCUGGCAGAUGAUCAAUGUGACAACGGGGAUUGGAUCCAGCGAGAACUCUGGACAGACAUCGACGAACCUUGCCGAGAUCGGGACAUUCCAGAUGGAGUUCUUCCGCUUGUCACAGCACACACGCAAUGCAACCUACCAUGAAGUCGCUCAGAAUGUCAUUACGAUCAUGCUCAAGAACAACAACGUCCAGGACCCUGCAUCAAACUACACGAUACCCGGUCUCUAUCCAAUCGACUUUGACAUGAUGUCUGGCAGAUUCUCGAGCAAGACGACCUACUGGGGUGGUGGCGGCGACUCGUUCUACGAGUACCUGGCCAAGACCUGGAUUCUGUCCGACUUUAUGCUCGAGCGCAAUAUCGACAUGUGGAGCGAGAGCAUCCAGUCUUUCAAGCGCUACAGCAUUGCUGAGAGCUCAGAUGGCUACAUUUUCCCUGGCUUUGUGGACGGAACUCGGUUCUUCCCUUACACUGACACCUUCACCAACUUUAUCCCGGGCACGCUGGCCUUGAUCAGCAAGCUGGUGGGCUCCGAGAGGUACUUUGGCCUGGCCGAGGAUCUGCUUGAGGCUGGCUACAGCGUAUUCGCCAAGAUGCCGUCCAACCUUGGCGCCGAAUCAAUUAGGUUUGUGCGCAAGAACGUCCCAACCGACUUUAUGCUGAUGCGGCCCAAGGCGCAGUCCGACGUCACCAAGUACGGGUUCUCCCUGGAGCGGCCGUACUACAUGCUGCGUCCAGAGCUGAUCGAGUCGCUGUUCUACAUGUACCGCUUGACCGGAAACACCGUCUAUGCCGACCGUGUGUGGAACAUCUGGCAGGGAAUUCAGCGCAACUGUCGCAUUGCUAACGGGUACGUCGGCACGGCCAACGUCUCAGUCGACUCAUCGUGGACUGGCAUCAUCGACACUGUUGACUCGACUGAGUCGUUCUUCUUCGCCGAGACAUUCCUCUACCUCUACCUGACAUUUGCAGACCACGACACGAUUAACCUUGAUCACACACCCGCUGUCGAGGAAAUAUGCGUUUGA